AUGGCCUCUGUUUAUAGAGCUCUAGCCAUAACAGCAAUGGCUUUCUUUUCUCCUCUUCUAAUACCAGUACUUUUCUGGGGGGGGUUAUUCUAUGAUUUGUUCAAUUCAGAACUGCCACCUGGAAUUGACCAACCUCUAAAACUUCGCUUUUUCCAUUCAUUGUUGAUUACAGCCAUGAUCUCGGGAAAGAUUUUGGAGAAGCUAGGGAUCUGCAGUGACUUAAGCUUACUGCGAGUUGUGCUAGAUGGAAUACCACUACGGAGAGAUCCAAAACUUCUUAUCAAAGAUCUCAAGGUAGAUGAGGUACCGGUGAGGAUUUAUCAGCCCAAAUGGCCACCCACUGGCAAAAGAAGAGGAAUUCUGUAUUUUCAUGGAGGCGCUGGCACAUUUGGGAGCAUUAGAGCCUUUGAAAGGAUAUGCCGCUACAUUGCCAGAAAAUGCAACUCGGUGGUUGUGUCCGUUGGUUAUCGUUUAGCUCCGGAACAUCCAUACCCAGGACAAUAUUUUGACUGUCUCAAUGCCACCUUGUACUUCAUGAGGAAUUUAGAAGACUAUCAGGUGGACCCUGCUCUCAUCAUCAUUAGUGGUGACAGCUGUGGAGCCAAUUUUGCUACGGUAAUCUGCCAGAUACUGCUGAACAGAAGAGAUCUCCCGAAAGUCCGUGCUCAGAUCUUACUUUACCCGGGACUGCAGGGGCUAGAUUUUCAUUUGCCUUCCUAUCAGCAGAAUGCUUCAGUCCCCAUCUUAUUUCAGAAGCUUGUUAUCUACUUCUGCUUUCGCUACCUUAAUAAAGAAUCGGUAAGUUUGGAAGAUGUCCUGCAAAGCUGCCAUGUUCCUGAGAGCAUGAAGAGGAGUUACAAAAAAUGGAUAAGUGCUGACAUUAUCCCUGACAGAUUUAAGGCUAGAGGCUACGUUCCACAGAAACCCACUCCAUUUAAACCUGAAGUCCACGAAGCGAUCAAAGAAAUCUUAGCAAUAACCUUUUCCCCACUUUUAGCUGAAGACUCCACUAUUUGCCAGCUCCCUGAGUCCUACAUUGUGACCUGUGAAUUUGAUGUGCUUAGGGAUGAUGGACUGUUAUAUAAGAAGCGACUGGAGGACAAUGGGGUGCAAGUCACUUGGUAUCAUUCUGAGAGUGGCUUCCAUGGGAUUUUAGCAUUUUUUGGCUAUGGGAUUUUUUCCUUUCCAGCUGGAAAAGAGAUAAUGGAUAGCAUUGUAAAUUACAUAAACAGUUUAUGA